ACGCCUGGCAGCGCCAGGUGUUCCGGGAUACUCGUGCGUGUGUUUACUGUUUUUUUCGCACGUCGCACGUAUCAUCGUGAAACUACAACGUAACGUCGCGCAUGUCCGAGCCGAUACUCGCCAGUUCUCGCGAAUUCUAUGCAUGUCAAUUAACUCCGGGGAGAGAAUCGCACCUGCAUAUUACGUAAAUCACGAUACACAAGGAGUACACGGAGUCCUCGUCUCGAGUCUGAGAAAACGCUGCCGCGUUUACCUCGAGUGUCUUUAACCUUUUAACGAAGAUGUGCUGGAAAAGCGGAGGGAAAGAAGAAUAUUAGCACAAGGAGGAGCUACGGCAACAUUCGGUGGAUAGGAUGGUCUUGCAAAAGAUCAGCUAUGACUUCGUUAAGGGUUUUCGACAUGUACAUGCCAGAACGAGCGAGUCUCGCGGCAACAAGGGCUUCCACCGGUUAUACUCUGCACUACCGCGACUCACGCCGCAGGAAGUCACAAAUGUUUUGCAAGCUAACGAAUACACCAAAGAAUUCUCCAACUCGGGUCCCAUAAAAUAUUAUGACUCUAAUCAACUGGCAUCCAAUAACCCCAUGGAAGACAUGAGAUCCGAAGCUCAAUGUUUGCUAACUAAAGGCACGUUAUUAGGAAUUUUCGAUGGUCAUGGUGGUAGUGCCUGUGCACAAGUUGUAUCCAAAAGACUGUUUCAUUAUAUAUCUGCAUGUUUGCUACCACCAAAAUUGCUGGAACAAUAUCUGAAUUCUUUCAGUACUGACAAAAGGUUGAAUUUACUCGAGACUUUCAAUGAUAAAAUAGAAUUUGUAGCUGAGAUCAGAGAUCUAUAUCAAGCUAGCUUCUUAAAUUUCCUACGAGACUUGAUACAGUCAAACAGCGGAAAGGAAUUUCAAAUGGAAAAGGCCUUGAAAAACGCGUUUCUCCGAAUGGAUAGCGAUCUGUCGAACGAAGCUUUGCUGCAACUAAAUAAGAAGGAUGCCGCGAGAACUCUCGCUGUCGCAAUGUCAGGCACGGUAGCUACUGUAGCACAUAUAGACGGCCCUCAUCUCCAUGUUGCUGGCGUUGGCGAUUGUAAAGCCGUUUUAGGAGUACUCUCAGAAGAUGGGUGGGUGGCUAAAAUGAUGACAGUAGAUCAUAAUGCCGAUAAUCGCACAGAAGUGGAGAGAAUCUUAUCGGAGCAUCCGGUGAACGAGAAAUCGACUGUGAUUAAAAUGGAAAGACUGCUCGGGCAAUUGGCGCCGUUUCGUUCGUUAGGUGAUUUUCGCUAUAAGUGGACUAAGGAUAUUAUGAAUAAGGUCGUGGUGCCGUUCCUCGGAGAAACGGCGAUUCCCCCGAACUAUCAUACGCCGCCCUACCUAACGGGCAAUCCAGAAAUCAAAUACCAUAGACUUACACCGAGAGACAAAUUUCUCAUAUUGGCCAGUGACGGACUAUGGGACCUGAUUUCACCAUUGCAAGCCGUACGCCUGGUAGGGGAGCAUAUGAGCGGUAAGGUUACGCUCAACCCAUUGAGAUUACCCCGUAAAAAUAUGAAAUUAUCAGACAUAAAUGAGAUGUUGCUGCAACGCAAGGAGGGCUUGAAGACAAAACCCCUCGAUAUUAAUGCGGCAACGCAUUUACUGAGGAAUGCUCUAGGUGGCACGGAAUAUGGGAUAGACCAUGCCAAAUUGUCACAAUUGUUGACUCUGCCAAGCGAAGUGGUGCGGAUAUUUCGCGACGAUAUCACCAUAACGGUCGUUUAUAUGGAUUCGGAAUUCCUAACAUAUUGUCCUCCCUAAAGCUGUUUCGCGACUUCUCACUAUUUUUCAAUACUGGUAUGUAUCAGUAUACAGCUUGUUAUUUAUUUAGUUAACAAUAAAAACAAUUUACAUGAAAA